AUGAACCCGCAAUGUUCUAAAUGUAAAGCAGCAAUUAGGAAAUAUAACUACUCCGUCAAAGAGAUAGAACGUAUGAGAAACGACUAUGCAGACUUAAAGAAAGAAGCAGAAAAGCCAGCAGAAGAUAAAAUGGACAUGUUAGCAUUUCUGAACAAAAACUAUCCAACUGCAGAAGAUUUCCUUCUAUCUGAUGUCAAGAAGAAGUAUAAAGAAACUUUCGGUAUCGUUAAAACAUUCGAUGUACUGACAGAAGAAAUAGAAGCUACAAAAUUGUUUAGAGUCUCACGAAUUCAUAACGUUUACCAUGUAAAACGCUUAUAA